UCUUGUUUCUUUCUUUGCUAUACUCCACACUCCCCCGUGCAUGCCUUGGAUCCUUUCGGUUUGGUUUCUUGCUGCUCAGUGGGAGAUUCUUGCAUCUGCUGCACAUGCACCUGCUGGCUGUGGCUGUGGCCUAUGCUUACUAGUAGUAGUAGUAGUAGCUCACCUUGUUAUUGAGAAGUUCUUGGUUUUGUGACUCCUGUGGGUUAUUGAAGUUCUUGGUUUCAGUUGGGAAGGUGAAAAGAGGAUUUCUGGAUUCUUGGGAAGUGGGUGAUUAGGUGCUUAACAUAAUCCCAAUCCUAGAAAAAUACAUUCGGAGUGGUUGCUGCUGAGCUCAACCAAUCAAGCUUGUUGGGGAGGCAAGCAGUCACAAUGAUGAGCUUCAACAAGAGCCAAGAAGGAUUUGGGCAGGUUGCUGCUGUGGCCACCCUGGCCUCCAAUGGAGGAGGCUCUCUACCAUGGCUGCUGUACGGCGAGCCACUGGGGCAGGGGAAGCCGGCCAUGUCGCCGGAGGGCGUGGUGCCGAGAGCACAGACUCCUCUGGAUCCUCCUCAGGUUCCAGCCAUGGACAGGGGUGUCCCUGAAAUUCUGAACUUCUCCAUGGUUCCAGGUAAAGGAGAAAAAUGUUCUGAGCACUCAACUACUAUUGCUCUGCAGUCACCAUUUGCAGAAUAUAAUGGCUGUUUUGAGCUGGGCCUUGGUCAAUCUGUGGUUCCCUCUAAUUAUCCUUAUGCUGACCAGCACUAUGGCCUACUUUCUCCUUAUGGAGUGAGACCAACGCCUAGCGGGCGAAUUCUUAUUCCACCAAAUAUGCCAGCUGAUGCACCAAUUUAUGUGAAUGCAAAACAGUGUUCAGCCAUCAUUCGACGUCGCCAUGCUCGUGCCAAGGCAGAGAGGGAGAAUAGGCUGGUCAAAGCUAGAAAACCAUAUCUUCACGAAUCACGCCAUCUUCAUGCAAUGCGUCGUGCAAGAGGCUCUGGUGGGCGCUUCCUCAACACGAAGAAAGAGACCAAUGGGAAAACCACUGGUGGAGGCAGGAAGGUGAUGGACAUCAUCAUCCCGCCUCUGUGCCCCGCCGCAUCUCCCAGCUCGGAGCAGUGCAACCCAAGCAGCGUUUCCAGCCUGUCCGGGUCAGAGGUGUCGAGCAUAUAUGAACACGAAGACAUGGACCACUUCCAUAGCUUUGAUCAUCUCCGGACACACUUCUUCACCCCGCUCCCGAGCCUCAUGGAUGUCGAGCACGGGGCUGGUAACCCCUUCAAGUGGACAGCAGCCUCUGAUGGCUGCUGUGACCUCCUCAAAGCAUGACUAGAGGGGGGAUACACCGGGCAGCCGAAGCUGGCAAACAUCAGCAGUUUCUGCUGGAUACAUUGCCCAGCUCCAGGUCAGGGAUUGUCCCUGCUGGUAUUGGCUGUCUGUAGGCAACUCAUUCUUGGCUGAUCGGUUCCGCUCAUCGCCUACUUGUCCCGGAAACUCCAGCACCGGUUUCUGGGAUCCUGCGGUGAUCAGAACAACCCAUCGCGUGUAAAAAAAAAAAAAAAUCAUCUAUGCUAUGCUGUUACUGCUUGCUACCAUUAUCUGAACUGCUACUACUAGGUAGCAAGCUUAAUCUGGCAAGGUAAAUAAAGUCUGGAACUUUGAACUGGUUCCAGUGGUGAUGAUUGUGGUGUGCUUGUAUCCUGAUAACUAUUGUGAGUUUGAGACCUGGCUUUGUUGAUCUACUGAACUACUACUGUAGCACUAUGCUUGAAGUUUGUGUGGGCUUGGUUUGCAGUUUGUAUUGUUAAAAAAAACUCAAAUCUAGUGAUGUAUUAAGACCUUGUUUGUGUGUAUCUUGUUAAUGUGGUAUAUCUGCAAGAAGGUAUAAUCUGUUUGGGAGUGA